AUGUCUUCGUCCCUCUUCCGGUCCGCAGCGGCGAGCAGCUCCGCUCGGGUCUCAGGGAGCGCCAUCACCAAACGCGGCUCUAUUUUGGUUUCCGCCUUCGUCGGAUGCCAGCGCGCAUGGCACACCACAAAUUUCUCAAAAGGCCAGGGCCAGAACCUCCAGACCAAAAUUGGCUAUGUCAGAAACGCCCCCACCAGCCUGGCCUUGACCGUGGCCUCCAAGACACCACCAUCUCUGCAACUGAUCCGUCACGCCUCGGUCCUUUCCACUCUCCCCCCCAAGCAGGCAUCCUUCUCAACCGAGACGAUCACCACCCCACCAGCAACCCCUACCACGCCCUACGCCCAGCUUACCGUCGGCGUGCCCCGGGAAACGUACCCGAACGAGCGGCGCGUAGCGCUCACGCCUCAAAACGUCGCCCUGCUCCUCAAAAAGGGGUUCGACAAGGUCCUCGUCGAAAAGGGCGCCGGCGCAGCGGCCGAGUUCCUCGACGACGCCUACGCCACGGCGGGCGCCACGCUAGUCGACGAUGCCUCGGCCGUCUGGAACGGCGCUGAUAUCGUGCUGAAAGUGCGCGGGCCCAGUGCGGCCGAGGCCGAUGGCGCGCGCGAGGGCCAGACGAUUAUCAGUUUCCUCCAGCCCGUGCAGAAUAAGCCGCUGGUGGAGAAGUUGGCUGCGCGCAAGGUGACGUCGUUUGCGAUGGACUUGAUCCCGCGGAUUUCGCGGGCGCAGGUGUUUGAUGCGCUGAGCAGUAUGGCGAAUAUCGCGGGGUAUAAGGCAGUGCUGGAGGCGUCGAACAACUUUGGUCGGUUUCUUACUGGUCAGGUCACGGCCGCGGGCAAGAUUCCGCCGGGGAAGGUGUUGGUCAUCGGCGCGGGCGUGGCUGGGCUGAGCGCGAUUGCCACGGCGAGAAGGCUGGGUGCGAUUGUGCGCGGGUUUGAUACCCGCUCGGCUGCCCGAGAGCAGGUCCAGUCACUUGGUGCCGAGUUCAUCGAAGUGGAACUGAAAGAAGAGGGGUCGGGCACGGGGGGUUAUGCGAAGGAAAUGUCCAAGGAGUUUAUCGCGGCCGAGAUGAAGCUGUUUACGGAGCAGGCGCGGGAGGUCGAUAUCAUCGUGACGACCGCGCUGAUUCCGGGAAAGCCGGCGCCCAAGCUGAUUACCAAGGCCAUGAUCGAGAUCAUGAAGCCCGGGUCGGUUGUGGUGGAUCUGGCUGCCGAGGCGGGCGGAAACUGCGAGAAGACCGAGCCUGGCAAGAUGGUCACCUACAAGGACGUCAAGAUUAUUGGGUACACCGACCUCCCCUCUCGACUGCCGACGCAGUCCUCGACCCUGUACUCCAACAACAUCACCAAGUUCCUUCUCUCCAUGGCCCCCAAGGACAAGGAAUACGGCGUAGACCUGACCGACGAGGUCGUCCGCGGCGCCAUCGUCACACAGCGCGGCCAGAUCAUCCCGCCUGCACCUCGUCCCGCACCACCUCCGGCCCCAGCUGCCUCUGCCUCUUCCGCUGCGGGCAAGAAGGAAGCCGAAGUCGUGGCCCUGACCCCUUUCCAAAAGACCACGCGCGAAGUCAGCCUUGUCACUGGCGGCAUGGGCACAGCUUUGGCUCUGGGCAAACUGACCGGCCCGCUGUUCAUGGGCAAUGCGUUUACCUUUGCGCUGGCCUCGCUGAUCGGCUACCGCGUUGUUUGGGGUGUCCAGCCGGCGCUGCACUCGCCUCUGAUGAGCGUGACCAAUGCCAUCUCGGGUAUGGUCGGCGUGGGUGGGUUGUUUAUUCUAGGCGGCGGGCUUUUGCCGUCAACGAUCCCGCAGGCGUUUGGAGCUGCGUCGGUGCUGUUGGCGUUUGUCAACGUGGCCGGCGGGUUUGUGAUCACGAAGCGGAUGCUGGACAUGUUUCGCCGGCCGACCGACCCGCCAGAAUAUCCAUGGAUGUACGCCAUUCCGGGAGUGCUGUUCGGCGGUGGUUUCCUGGCCGCUGCGUCUACGGGCGCUGCUGGUCUGGUACAGGCUGGUUAUCUCGUCAGUUCGGUCCUUUGCAUCACCUCCAUCUCCAGCCUGGCGUCCCAAGCGACCGCCCGCAUGGGUAACAUGCUAGGCAUGCUCGGCGUCGGGUCUGGCGUUCUCGCUUCGCUGCUGGCCGCAGGAUUCUCCCCAGAAGUCCUCACCCAGUUCGGCGGGCUCGCAGCCCUCGGCUCCAUCGUCGGCUUCCUCAUCGGCAAACGCAUCACCCCCACCGACCUCCCGCAAACCGUCGCGGCGCUCCACUCCGUCGUCGGUCUAGCCGCCGUGCUAACCAGCAUCGGCAGCGUCAUGGCCGACCUAGCGCACGUGUCCACCCUGCACCUGGUGACCGCCUACCUGGGCGUGCUCAUCGGCGGGAUCACCUUCACCGGCUCCAUCGUCGCCUUCCUCAAGCUCGCCGGCCGCAUGUCCUCCAAGCCACUGAUGCUCCCCGGCCGUCACCUUCUCAACUCCAGCCUCCUCGCCACUAACGUAGCCACCAUGGGCGCCUUCGUCACCAUGGCACCCGGCUCCCCGCUAUUCGCGGCCGGCGCACUCGCAGCCAACACCGUGCUGUCCUUCCUCAAGGGCUUCACCACCACAGCCGCCAUCGGCGGCGCCGACAUGCCGGUCGUCAUCACAGUCCUCAACGCCUACAGCGGCUUUGCCCUCGUAGCCGAAGGCCUGAUGCUCGACAACUCCCUGCUCACAACUGUCGGCGCCCUGAUCGGCGUGUCAGGCUCCAUCCUAUCCUACAUCAUGUGCGUAGCCAUGAACCGAUCUCUCGUCAACGUCCUCUUCGGCGGCAUCUCGGCACCCACCACCAGCGACUACAAAGUCGAAGGCACGGUAACCCAAACCACAAUCGACGACACAGCCGAGGCCCUCGCCAACGCCGAAUCCGUCAUCAUCGUGGUCGGGUACGGCAUGGCGGUAGCCAAAGCGCAGUACGCCAUCUCCGACAUCACGCGCAUGCUGCGGGCCAAGGGCGUCAACGUGCGGUUCGCCAUCCACCCCGUGGCGGGCCGCAUGCCGGGCCAGUGUAACGUGCUGCUGGCCGAGGCGAGCGUGCCGUAUGAUAUUGUGCUGGAGAUGGAUGAGAUUAAUGACGAUUUUGGGGAGACGGAUGUGACGCUGGUGAUUGGGGCGAAUGAUACUGUCAACCCGAUUGCGUUGGAGCCCGGUAGUCCGAUUGCGGGUAUGCCGGUGCUGCAUGCGUGGAAGAGCAAGCAGGUCGUUGUCAUGAAGAGGGGGAUGGCGAGUGGAUAUGCGGACGUUCCGAACCCCAUGUUUUACAUGCCCGGCACCCGGAUGCUAUUCGGAGACGCGAGAGUUUCGACGGAAGCCAUCAAAUCCGCCAUCGAAGCUCGCCUUAAGUAG